AUGAGACUACAUUUUCACAUGCUAGGAGUGAAUACAAUUGGCAGCUUUAUUGCCCAUCAUUUAAGACGAGUAGAACACAAGGUAACCCUAUUACUACGAGACACAGCAGAGCAAGCAAUCCUCAAAAGACGAGGAUAUUCGAUAAAGCUCGAAGAUGAAGAAGGUGUCAUUAACGUAGCAUCGAUGCUCAAUAGUGAGUCAAUGGAAAACCUUGAAAUGGGUGACGCGAUAAACCCGAAAUUUUUGCGUGGUCCACAAUUGAUCGAGAAUCGGAUACGAAGUUUGAUUGUCACUAUUACGCCGUAUAAAGUUGGUCGCAAUAUCGCACGACUAUUUUAUCGAAUGGGCCCCGAGACUACUAUUGUGUUGUUAACUAAUGGGAUGGGCGUCUAUGAGGAAUUAGUGAAAGGAUUUUUUGUGGAUGAGUCUACGAGACCUAAUUUGUUGUUAGCUAGAACAACACAUGAAGUGUUUCAACGGGGAUCUUUUGAUGUUAAAUUGGUAAAGCAAGGGGAAAUUUAUUUUGCUUCACCGGAUAAUAAUCCAUUGACAAAUCAAGUAUUACUGGAAGCUAAAAGAAAGAAAUUAAAAAUAAAGGUAAAAAAGGAAAAUCAAGAUCGAAUUGAUUAUAAGCCCAUACUAGAGGAAAUACUAAGAACUUCUUAUAUAGAUCCAAGUUACAUAAAAGCACAUCCUGAAAUAGUUAAUCUAAUACGAGCAAAAAGUAUGGAAAGUACCAUAAGAGCGCUCUCUGUAAUACCAGAACUACAAAUAGAAUACGUCAGCUACCAGGAACUACAAGAAAUGCUAUUCGAGAAACAAAUGGUCGACUGUGUAGUACAACCAUUGACCACCAUCUACGCAAUCACAAAUAACGGACUAGUCAACAAUCCGCCCGCAAAUCGUGUUAUCGAUGCGAUCUGUAUGGAGAAUUCAGUUAUUAUGGAUCGACAUAGUGUCGAACUUGGAUUACGUCCGUCGAGUCGGUGGCGAAAACGUCGUAUUAUGGAACAGGUGGAACAACGGUGUCAGAAAGUCCCGUUACAUUGGUCCACGAUGUUGCAUAAUAUAAGAGAUCGUGGUAUCACCGAUGUUGAAUAUGUUAAUGGCUAUAUGGUGAGAUUAGGUGUUAAAUACGGAAUACCGACACCGGUGAACAGUUUAAUGGUUGAUAUGGUGAAAAUGAAACAUCGAUUAUUGGCUGCCCCAAAUGUCUAUCGUAUAAAAGAAAAAGGAAUUAGGCAGAGAACACCGAAUGAGUUUAGUGAUCAUAAAAAGAGGACACCAGAUCAGGCAAUGUUAAGGGAUCCCCCUUUGGAUGAAUAUUAA